GAAAGAUCACAACGGCUGAUAUCUGUAUUCGGUGCUUCGGUAUUGUUAGUGCCUAGCUAAAACAAAUUAUUAAGAAGAAAACGUCACAAGAGCGUGAUUGAAAAGAAACUAAACGCCUUUUGAAAAAGAGUGAGGGAAAAAUGGUGCUGUGGGAGAUUACAUUGGGAACGGCGUAUUUCUUGGGGCUUAAACGAACUUACAGGCUCGCUUUGAAGAUUCAGCGACGGAUUAUUAGCGCUAAGCAUCAAAGGAUCCGGCAAUUUGUUCGAAGACGAACACGUGCUGUUUUUGAUGUAGCACUCAAGAUUCACCAGAACAUACAGCAGAGAGACUUAGAAGUUGGUCAGAAUCUUGGUAACUGGAUCCUCCGCUGGCUUGACAAAAUGAAACCAUCAGCUCAGAUCCGAGUUCCAACCCACCAGAAACCCCACCAUGAUGCUGGCAAUGCAAACUUGAACAUUCCAAAACAAGUGACAAAUUCAUCCUCAUUGAAAACUCCUAGAAGCAUCCACACACCUCGAAACAGUGAAGCUGAUAGACAUCUUUUUAGCUCAUCAACAAAUAUGUGGCGUAAAUCCUUCCCUACAAUUGUGAUGAUGAUGCAGCCACCAAGGGCUGCUGGAAACAUGACUCAAUACAGGCAUUUGAGCAUCAAUGGAUCUGACACGUUGAGGCUGAACUACGCAAGAGGCGAGGGAGUUAUUAGAAAGGAUAUAAUGCAAUGGAUGCUGCACAAGUGAACGUGAAAACUCUUUUCUGUUUGCAUUUGUGGACUUCACAAACCGUGAGACUUGGAAAGGGCUAAGUUGGGUGCCUUGAGACUUUUAUUUUGAAAGGAUACCUUGCUUUGGAUUCUGCAAGACUUAUGAAGGCUUUUUUCAUGGGAUAAUAGAUUUCCCUUACCCUCUGCUUUCUGUAUGUUCUUGUGAGUCUAUAUUUUCCAGCUUUCCGUUCCUCGAAGAACACAGAUUAUUUGAUUGUAUCAUAAAUAACCUGGGCAUUGUCAUUGUAUUAUACAUAAUCUGGGAAUCGUGUGUGCCACAGCCACACGUCUGAUGGAUACGUAAUUAAAUGGGAGAAUUCUCUGGAUUUCGUUAGAGCCUUGAAUUUAGUAGGCGUUGAAUAAUUUCCCCACUCCCAUUUAUUCAAUUCUCUAAAUUUGGCUAUGAUAACUCAGCUCCAUUCAUUGAUGCUAUGUAUGUAAUUGCACCAUUAGCAAACUCGUUUAAAAGGAUUGUUGAUAAAUUGAUACCCCUGAAAAAAAAUUGAACAA